CAUGCCCAGCCCCUGCUUUUAUUCAGAUAGUGGAAAUCCUUUCCUCCGAAAAUCUGCGAGAAAGGACCGUAUAGGUAGACAAAUACGUGGAAGAAACUAUCCCUGAAAUAAAACACAAACCGCUGCUUUACAUCACUUUUCCUACGUUUAUUGAAACAUCCGACUAAUGAGUGAUUUUUGGAGCAUACACGGUUCUUCCGAGUGAAAUGCUGUCUGUCUACCUGCCGUUCCUCUCCACUGCAUCCUGACUGACUGAAGAGCUCUGUCAUUGACUCAUCCCGUUCUUUAUAAGGAGGUGUUAAUGAUGAGCAACCGCUUGACAUAAUACUGGAACCAGCCAGCCUGAACAGACCAGACCUUAACAGACAGACACAGUCAACCAGCGGACUGAAGCCAGCCUGAACAGACCAGACCUUAACAGACAGACACAGUCAACCAGCGGACUGAAGCCAGCCUGAACAGACCAGACCUUAACAGACAGACACAGUCAACCAGCGGACUGAAGCCAGCCUCGACAACCACAGAGAGCAGAGCAGAGGGGACUGGAAGAAUGUCAGUCUGACGGAUACAUAGACUGUUGUCCUGUUUUUAUUCUCAAUCUUCAAGACUUCCACCCCCUGGAUGGUGUGCAGGACACAGCUGCUUGUGGAGUAUGGGUACAACUGCCAGCGCAGCGCCACAACCCGUCUCUGUCUCAGGCUCCAUAUCCUCUGUAGCAGCGCCCCAGCAUCCUCCUCCGCUUGAGAGUCUCCAUGGCAACGGGGCGGUGAACAGCAGGCAGUCUCUCAGCAUGAGCUCUUCCCAGACGGUGAAGAUCCACAGCGGCAAGGCCAAGUCUAUCAUCACUAACAAGGUGGCGCCUGUCGUCAUCACAUAUAAUUGCAGACAGGAAUUUCAGAUCCACGAUGACCUCUUCAGAACAAACUACAAAGUGGGCCGGAUAUCAGACUCAAUGCCUGAACACUACUUGGUACAGGGUGAGUUCUUCAUGGUCCAGGACGUGUACAGUAAGGCUGACGUCCUCAACACUACAGGCAGCUACGGAGCGCCAAACUACCGCCAGGUGAAAGGAAGCUACCCGCUGUACGGCAUGGGCCAGCCCAGCCUGAAUGGCUUCAAACAGGUCCUCCAAAGACUACAGAGUCAAGGGCAUGAGGAGGUGAUGUUCUUCUGUGUGCGUGAGGAACCGGUGGUGUUCCUGCACCUGGAGGAGAACUUUGUUCCAUACACCCCGCGGAGGAAGGAGAACCUCCAUGAGAAUCUCCAUGGCCUGGACAAGGAGGAGACUGUGGAGACCCUGGAGCUCACCAUCAGGAAGGAGCUCCACGACUUUGCCAAGUUGAACGAUAACGUGUUCUACGUGUACAACGAUAUCGAGCACUUCAAGGGCGAGCCUCAGAGGAUGACCAUCACCUGUGAGGAGGACAUCCAGGUCACAGAGGAGGUCUACAGGAGACCUCUGUUCACCAUGCCUCUCUACAGGUACUACCGGCUGCCACUACCGAUGGAGGGAGCACCUCUAGAGGAGGAUUUUGAUGCCUUUGUUAGUGUUCUCAGGGAGAGCCCCAACCUGUCUUUGAGAAGGGAUGUUUCCAGGCCUCUGCCUGCCCUGUUGUUCAGCUGUCAGGUGGGGGUUGGGCGGACCAAUCUAGCCAUGAUCCUGGGGACCCUGGUCCUCAACCACCUGAAGACAACCCAGGAACCACCACAAGCGGAAGAGGCAGAAGCCAAGCCCCUGUUCCAAGUCAUUCAGACCCUCAUCAACAGACUACCCGAAGGCCAACAGGUCAUGGAAGAGGUUGACCAAGCGAUCGCUCUGUGUUCAGAAAUGCACAACAUAAAAGAAGCGAUGUAUGAAAAUAAGAAGAAGCUUGAAGCGAUCGGAGAUGAUUAUCAAAUUCAGGGAAGCACGACCAAAGACUACUUUCUCCACAGAGCCAUCCAGAGCCUGGAACGUUAUUUCUACCUGAUUGUGUUCAACGCGUACCUCCAUGAACAGUUUUCUCUUGGCUUUGCGUCCAACUUCAGCCAGUGGCUGUGUGCUCACCCCUGGGUGUACCGCCUGCUGGCCUGUAUGGACCUAUCAGAACUCUCCGCUCCGCCUGAUCUCGUCACCAAGGGAGCCCGCGUUCUGGUUGCUCAUGAGUACCUGUCUCCAGACAUACUCAGCACAGUGAAGGAGAUGAAGGUGGCUAACUUCAGAAGAGUCCCCAAGAUGCCUGUCUACGGCAUGUCACAGCCUACAUCAGAGGCGACGGGUGCUGUGUUGACCCACCUGACGGAUGAGAAGAGGAAGUACAGCCACGUCCUGUGGGUCAACCUGCAGGAGGAGCUGGUUCUGGAGGGGAACGGACAGAUCUUCACCCCCAGAGAACCGUCCUGUAUGGGGCAACACAUCCCUGUCCCCGCCACAGACCCCACGCAGAUAGAGAAACUAGAGACAGCCCUGGGAGAGGAGGUUCAGAGAGCCCAGAAGUGGCUGGAGGUGACUCUGGAGCAGGAGAAACAGAUGAAGAUGUUUAAAAGCUGUCUGACGGUCCAGGAGGUGUUCAAGCAGUACCAGAGAACACACCAGGGACUGUUCUAUAAACGUAUCCCUCUGGUAGACUGCUGCGCCCCCAAGGAGGAGGACUUUGACCAGCUCUUGGAGGCCAUGAAGACGACCUUGUCAGAGGACUCUCACUCAGCCUUCGUGUUCAACUGCUCCAACGGCAAGGGGAGGACCACCACGGCCAUGGUCAUAGCUGCUCUCACUGUCUGGCACUUCAAUGGCUUUCCUGAGUUUGGUGACGAUGAGAUUGUCAGUGUUCCUGAUGCCAAGUACACGAAGGGAGAAUUCAAGGUGGUGAUGCAGCUAGUCAGACUAUUGCCAGACGGCCACCAGAUGAAGAGGGAGGUGGACAUGGCUCUGGACUCAGUUAGCGAGACCAUGACCCCCAUGCAUUACCACCUCAGAGAGAUAAUCAUCUGUACCUACAGACAGAUUAAAAGUGGUAAGAGUGAGAAGGAGGUGCAGCAGCUGCUUCUGAAGAGUGUCCAGUAUCUGGAGCGUUACAUGUACCUGAUCCUCUUCAACAGCUACCUGCAUCUGGAGAAGAAAAACUCCUGGCAACGAUCCUUCACCACCUGGAUGCAACAGGUGGCAGCCAGGGCCGGGGUGUACGACCUUCUCAACCAGCUGGGUUUCUCCGAGUUUGAGAACCUUCGGGACACGCCACUUGCCAGGCUCCGCUGCCGGUGGCAACGACAGAACAUCCAAUCACGUCCCUUCAGGGGGGCGUUGAUCUGAGCUGAGGAGCGAUCACUGUGAACCACCAGACUAUGGCUGCUUCUGAAGUGCUACUCUAUUCCCUGUAUAGUUCACUACUUUUCACCAGGGCCCUCUGCACUCUAAAGGGACUAGGGUGCCAUUUUAUACAACCUAUGUCCUCCUGUGCUUUUUUUAAUUUUAUUUUUAUAUAUAUAUACCUUUAAAAUGUAAUAAUGCUUUGUAUUUUUACCCUCGUAUCACUCUGAUACUGUAUUAUUAUAAUACUGCCUUUUUUCAAACCCACUACCAAUGUUAUUUAGUAUUUGAAUGGAUGUUAGGAUAUUGGAUGUGUCCCAAAUUUCACCCCAUUCCAAACAGUAGUGCACUACUCUUGACCUGGGUCCAUUGUGCUCUGGUCAAAAGUAGUGCAGUAAGUAGUUGUCCCCCCCACACGGUGUCCUCUUCUCUCCCGUCUCCUGCCGUCUUCUGUUCUCUGUUGUUAUCAACUGCAUUUUUAGCUGUUUUGCCAACAAACUAUUAUGAGUAUAUUUAGAAAAACUAAGCGAACGUUCGUACUUCAAGUCAGCCUCUCCAAGAACGGAUACGUUUUUAAAAAUGUUUUAUAUGUAGAUAUUGUUCAGUAAAUAAAUGCAGUUUGUUUUCAGAAAAAGUCA